CAUGAGUCCAUCGCAGACAACGGCACAUCGCUAAUAGUGAGAUCGCAGCAUAAGAUUGCGCGCAUAAACCGUGCGAUUGGCGCCACAUAUCAGAGCGACGGUCAGUAUGUCAUUGAUUGCCGUUUAGUGCAGUCAUUGCCGACCGUAACCUUCAUUAUCGCCGGACAAGCGAUUAGAGUGUAA